UUUCCUCAAUGGGAAAUAGGAAAACCAGCAGGUGGAAGUGAAGGGGAGGAACCGGGAAGACGCACGUGAAGCUCUCACUUCUUACAAAAAGAGAGCCAGGAAAUAGCCUAAGAGGAGGAAAAAGGAGCGCGUUAGCAGCAAGUGCAGCAAAUUGGACUUUUCCACCAUCAGCACCAUCCCUGCUCCUCCUCUGUAGGUCUCCCCACUUACUCCCAUCCAACCCUCAUCCUCCCUGCCUUCUCUCCUCUCCCCAGAAUAGCCAGAGAUCUCACUGAGAAGGGGUGUUUGGAUUUCAGGGAGACGCAUGGAGAUGGAUUAAAAUAAAAGAGAGAGGCGACUCUGCACCGCGAAACUGGAGCAGCACGCGCGACCACGCCGGGGGGGAAGGGGGCGACGGGACUCGGUGAAUUCACGGAGCCCCCGGGACAGAGGCUGUGACUGGUCCCACCCCAAGAUGACGUCCCCCAAAAACAAAGCCAAGAAGAAGCCUCCCAAAGACAGCAUGACACUACUGCCAUGCUUUUAUUUUGUAGAGCUCCCCAUCGUCCUGUCCUCCUUGGUGUCCCUGUACUUCCUGGAGCUGACAGAUGUGCUGUCCCCGGCCGUGGUGGGCUUCCGUUGCCAUGACCGCGACCUCUCCAUGCCCUACGUGGAGACGGGCGAUGAGCUCAUCCCGCUGCUGAUGCUGCUGAGUUUGGCCUUCGCCGGUCCUGCAGCAUCCAUUAUGAUGGGGGAGGCCCUCAUGUACUGUAUGCAAUCCAAACUGAAGUCAUGUCCCAAGUCGGAGAGCAGCAUCAACGCUGGAGGCUGCAGCUUCAACUCCUUCCUACGCAGAACCGUGCGCUUCGUCGGUGUUCAUGUGUUCGGUCUCUUGGCAACAGCCUUGGUGACAGAUGUCAUCCAGUUAGCGACCGGUUACCACGCCCCGUUCUUCCUCACCGUCUGUCAGCCCAAUUAUACGGCACCGGGGGUGUCAUGUGACAACAACGCCUACAUCACAAGGGACAUCUGUAUGGGGAAGGACCAGUACGCCAUCAUGUCGGCGAGGAAAACAUUUCCAUCCCAGCAUGCAACGCUCUCUGGCUUCGCUGCUGUUUAUAUCUCAAUGUAUUUCAAUGCCAGCAUCAGCAGCACCACCAAACUCUUGAAGCCAUUACUGGUGUUUGCUUUCUGCAUGGCGGCGGGCCUUGCUGGUCUGACGCAGAUUACUCAGCACCGCAGUCACCCAAUAGAUGUCUAUGUGGGAUACCUCAUCGGAGCGGGCAUUGGAGUCUACCUGGCUGUGUUCGCCGUGGGAAACUUCAAAGCAUCAGAGGAAGAUGCUCAUUCCUUACAAAGACUGACACCAGCUCAGCAGAAGGACAGCCUGCGGGUGCUGAGUCAGCGCAGCCAUGACUCCCUCUACAGGAAGACCCCCAGAGUGUCGGAGAGCAGGGAGGAGCUGGGAGCAGGGCUUGGCUCUGGAGCUCGCAGCAAGGUGAGGAGGGAGAAGGCGUCUCUGGCCUCCUUAAAACGAGCUAGCGCCGAUGUGGAGCUCCUUGCAACUCGCGGCCCCAUGGGUAAGGAAACCAUGGUAACCUUCAGCAACACCUUACCAAGAGUUGCAAAUGGGAACAGCCCCAUCUCGCCAUCAGACGAGCCAGCCACCACACAGCGCCACAUGACCUUCCACGUGCCCUUUGACUCCCAGAGGUCUAGGCAGCUGGUGACAGAGUGGAAGCAGCGCUCACUAGAGCUCCGCAGCCAGAGCUCACGAGACGAGGACGAGGGGGAUGGUGGGGAUGAAGGAGGAGCUGCAGCAGGCGGGGGAGAAGGAGACCAGGAGAUGCCAUCUUCUCUGUAUCCCACGGUGCAAGCCAACAAGGGCAUCGCCACGCCAACUUCAGCCAGGAUGGUGGUGGCACCCCCGCUCGUUCACAUCCCUGAAGAGGCCACUCGACCACCGCCUGUGUCUCCAAAGAGCGCCAAGACGCGUGCCAAGUGGCUGUCACUCACCGAGGAAGGGAGGGUGAAGGAGCCAGGGCAGGGGCCCAUCGCUGUGUCGACCCCACGAGUGCCGAACACACAACCCAACCAGCCGCCAAGUCAGCAGAGAGUCACUCAGGUGAUAGCCAUGUCCAAACAGCAGGGUCACAGCACCCUCACACCGUCCACCAAGACCUCAGAAGGCGGCUCCUCCUCCGGAGGUGGGUCCAACUGCUCUGAGUCACCUUAUUAUAGGAUUCCAUCAGACCGAGACAGCUGCACCGGGAGCAACCCGGGAAGUAUCGCAGGAAGUGGCAGCAUCGUCACCAUCGACGCUCAUGCCCCACACCACCCGGUGGUGCGUGUGUCUGCCAGUAACGGCAAGCCGUGGGAGUGGAGGAACACCAUCAGUGGAAACAUGAUGGCUGCCGAGACGGCGGGGGAGAAACACCGCGCGGCUCUGCAGCGACAGGAAAACACAAGUCACUAUCGGGACUACCGCACGCUCCCGGUGAAAACGGACUCCAUUGGCUCCUCAUCAGCCAGCGGGAGCAACGAAGGAGGAGCAGAGAUGCCUCCACCGCCCCUCCCCACCUCCACCUCCCCUCUGCCUCCCCCUCCUCAGCUGUCGUCGUCCCCUCUACCUCCACCUCCUCCUCACUCGUCUUCAUCCCCACUGCCUCCCCCUCCACACUCCACUCCCAUGCCUCCUCCUCUACCUCACUCUGCACCCUCCCAUAUGCCUCUCCCACCUCACUUGUCCUCCCAGGUGUCACCUCCUCCCCUCCCACCUCCUCACCCAUCUUCUUCCCAAAUGCCUCCACCUCCUCACCCCAUCAUCCUCCCAUAUGCCCCCACCUCCUCACUCAUCAUCCUCCCAUAUGCCCCCACCUCCUCACCCCCAUCCAUCCUCUUCCCCUCUACCACCUCCACCUCAUCCUUCAUCCAUGCAGCCACCUCCUCACCCGUCCUGCUCCAGCAUGCUCCCGCCUCCUCCCCAUCCUGACUUACUGAUGGACGCCCACAGCCAGGCGCUCUCCCGCUCCUCCACCCUGCCUCGCCGGCCUUCCGUCUCCGCCCGCAGCCAUGCAGAGCAGGAGCACUACUACAAGGCCAUGCAGAACGAGCGGAUGUUAUAGUGACGGGAAAAAGCGAGGGACAUCAUUGUCACAUCGAUGAUUGUACUUCAGGAGACGCAGCUUAGAAAAAAAGUGAAACGGGCGAUUUUUGCAGAUAUGACUUUAAAAACGAGAAAAGACUUCAAGAUUUGAAUCCAGUCAAAAAAAGCUGGGAAUACAGAGGCAGCAAAAGUGGAGGACCAUGUGGAGGUCUGGCAGCUCAUGCACUCAGCAGGAGAGCAGCUCGCACACAAUGCCCACAGCGCCGGCUCCACAGCCAAGAGUGAGAAAAGAUCAGACAGGAGAGAAGAAAUGUGAGUCAAAGAGAGCAGGGUGAAGAUUAAAAAGCUAACUUCACCUCACAGUUCAGCAUACACACCCUCCACGUUUCUUCAUUCAAAGCCUGAAUGGAAGCUGCUGCAGCUGAAAGAGAGAUAUCACAAUGAGCGGUUUGGGAUUUGCUAAAUCAAGCUCCCCUUGAGAGGCGGGAUAAGACCAAGAAAACAAAACAACUACAGGGAAUACGAGCUCUCCUCAAACUCGGCUGUUUGAGACUGCCAAACGUUACGCACAGAGAAUCCACUGUUGCAACCAGCUGAAAAACUCAUCCUUCAAAGCCCCUAAAGCUAUGAAUAAAGAGAAGAAUGCAGUGAUGAUAUGUUCAAAAACAGGUUCGAGAGUAUUAGCCACAACCUACAAAAGCACGACUGUCUUUUUGACCUCUCUGAAUAAACAAACUGAAUGGGGAAUUUUGUGAGCAAAUCUGCGAGAAUCCACCAGAGAGAAGCAGCUUAGGAAGUGUUGCUUCUGGACGGGGGUUGUGAGAAGAAAGAGGGAGGGGUGGAUAUAUGGAGGAUAACGAACAGUUGGGCGACCCGACGCAGACGUUACUGGAUGGAUUACUGUUGUGAACACGAGAGGCGAUGGGACGGAAAGAGAGAAUUGCUCCUAAAGUGAAGAGGGUGAUUGGGCCAGCACAGCCGAGCAGAGCAGAGCGAGCCAGGCAGCCAGUCUGUCUUUGCUGUGUGCAAAAACCUGCUGCAGAGCCUGAAGCAGCUCUAAGGAGAUUAACGUUUGUUUAUCAAACCAUGCGAGCACACUCUUCCCUCCGUAUAGCUCUUCACUCUUUUCCCCUCUGGCAAAUUGCGACAGUGAUGGGAAUGUUAAUGGGAAAGCUGUCCGGCCAGAAGUGCCACCAACAUGUACAGUGGCUCAGGCACACCUUUCUCAAAGCGGCUAACUGGCUUGUUCUGCUGGCUGUCUCUCUCACAUUUCAAAGGUUUUGGUACCACUUUCCAGCCAGGCAUAAAAUGUAUAAGGGUUAUAGAAGUUCUUGCUUUAUUUAUGAUGAUUUAUAUUCCUCUUUAACACCAGUAAUGAUAUAUUAUAUAGGGAAGCAUUUGGACUGUUUCAGCUGCUAGGAGACUGAAUAUUUACACAACUUUAAAACCAGUAUUUACAAUCCCUUAUUCACCCAUCUGUUCAUCAUUGGAGCCAUCACAGGGCUGCCCCUAUUCAAGCAGGCUUUAUUGGAAGGUGGUACCAAGAUAUGUUUGUUUUAAUAUGAAAUAAAUUCCAAACUUGUUGAACAAAAGCUAAUUUUAAAUGGUCAGACCAGCACCAUAAUAAACCAGCAAGACCUGAAAGGUAUGUUCAUGCCAGCUUUUAGCAGAUGCUGUAAGCUUAGUCGGACUUACUGAUGUUAAGACAAACUAUACUGCUCAAGAGUGCAAUGUGAUGUGGUUGUAAGGUCCAAGCCUGUAUAUACAGAUGGACGAUGCAGUCUACACUUCCUCCUCCUGUACAAAAAUGAAGCCAAAAUAUCCUGAGAUUUGCACUGGCAUACUGACAUCAUUUGAAGCCAUAGCCUGCGCCAUAGAGAUGGUGGUGCAACAUCCCAUCCUUUUUACAAAACAAAUCACAUAUUUGACGCAACAAAGACUUACGUAACUUUGCUUAUCCAUUGCACACAGCAGGAGCAAGCUGGCAAUCAUGGGUUAUACCCACUUUAUUGAGAGAGAUGAUUCUAGAGUCCAUUAGAGUCCUAGGUUAAAAUUCCCAUGGUCCCCUCACAACAGUGUAUGUUGAACAGCAAAUACUUAUAGAGUCCCCUUUCUUUCCCUGGGUGAUUUUUGUUGGUUUUCACAGGAAAUAUGCAUGCCAUGCUUGGUUGCAUAUAAAGCAUAAGUGCUGUCAAAUAGCCCCCCACUUAGGAAGGUUUCCUACUGUUGCAGUUGUUUCCUAAAUUGCAAAAUUUGCAUGUUAAGCCGCUAAUGUGGUUUAGGAUUUGACAGAUCUCUGAGCCCCCCUACUGCCUUGGGGCUCCAUUAGCACUUUUGUUUAUUGACUUGACAAGCCAGAUAGACCAUGGCAUGAAUACAUUUCACAUUCAUCUUGGAAACAACCCAUAAAAAGUGUUUGAGAAGGGCAAGAUUUUUCAAAAAAAAAAAAAAAAACUCGGAAGGUGAUUGGAUGAACGC